GAAUCUGAGAGGAAACGAUGAAACUACUUGAUCAGUUCGAAGGACAAAAUCAAGCUGCAAGGAGGGAUCAGUUGAAAGAGAACAAAAGAAGCAGUUGAUGUCCGACUCAAGUAUGCUUUCUAGUUGAGUUCAUCUUGCCGAGCGUGUAGACUGAGACAGGGGCUCUCCACGCGCUUCACCUGUGCAGCUAGGCGCAAUUUCUCACCUGCAAGCUCUGCGGGGAGACGCUGAGGACGCAGAAUAUGGCUGUUUCGCGUGUAGCGUGCGUUUGUUCAGCAAUAAUUUUGUUGGCAGCAGCUGAUUUUCGAGGCAUCGCUGAAGCUCAACUUCCGACAUUCUCUCUCGGAGGUCUUAGUGCAUCUUCGAGUGAUACGUGUGGUUCGCAAGGACCGGAGUCCUUUCAAAAUGGAUCAGGAACAUUCACCUGCUCAUCUGGCAGCUUUCCACCGGCACUGGCUCUUGACGGAGUAGAAGAGACACGUUGGCAGGCACGGACGGAUCUGAACUAUGCCGUCAUCAACAUCAGCCUUCCCGGCGAAUUUUCCAUCAGCGAAAUUCAACUGAUUUUUCGCUCGUACCAUGCCGAGGCCGUCGCCGUCUUCAAGUCUGUCGACGGAGGCCUGUCGUACAGUCCACUUGUGUUGGCAGCUGAAGAUCAGGCGGGUUGCGAGCGCAUCAAAGAGCACUCGCAGCAUACGAUAGGAGAUUACACGUACAGUGGUUUCUUGUUCACGGGACACAUCGGCGCUAGUGAUGUUGGAUGCUCAGAUCUAUUUGCACCCACCAGGACUCUGCCAGAAUCCAAUCCGCUGCUGAAGUUGAUUCGUGUGGAGCAGGGUACUGCAUACAGGAAUCACGUCCGUGCCAAUGCUUUGCUCAUUGAAAUGUUCAACAUCUCCCAGUCAGCUCUGGCUAACAACAUAAAUGCUCUGUCCAUCAACGACGUGCACAUCAGGGCCACGUGUUCCUGCAACGGCUUGGCCACGAACUGCAGCCAGGAUACGGGUGUGUGCUACGCGUGUAUGAACAACACGUGCGGUACGCAGUGCGAGACGUGCUGUCCGAAUGCCAACAACCUCCCUCAGGGACAGUACUGCGAAUUAUGUAACUGCAAUCAGCAUGCAGACAGCUGCUUCUACAACCCGGCGAUUGGAUUCGGACAGUGCAACAGCUGCGCGAACAACACCGCUGGAAAUAGCUGUGAAGAAUGUCAACCCGGCUACUUUCAUCACCCUGCUCUGCCAUUGACCAGCGCCAGCACCUGCCAAUCAUGCAACUGCAAUCAGGAUGGAACCAGUCCCAGUUCGAAUUUCAAUUGUGCUGGACAGCAGAGCAUCACGCCUCCGACAGGCAAGUCCAAUGGCGAUUGUACGUGCAAAGCUAACGUCCAGGGCGCUAAGUGUGACGUCUGCAGCGACACCUUCUUCAACCUCACCUCAAGCAAUCCCGACGGCUGCCAAGACUGUUCCUGUAAUCCACCUGGGACAAAUGGCUCGAUGAGCUGUAACAAAGCAAACGGCCAAUGCUACUGCAAGGCUGGUGUGGACGCAACCAGUCGGCAGUGCAGCGUUUGUGCACUGGGGUUCUACAGCGCCACGGGCAGACCAGAGUCUGCGCUAGCGGAGGGAUGUCUGCGCUGCGAGUGUGAUCCAGCUGGUAGCCAGCACAACAACUGUGAGAGGGUCGGAGGACAGUGUCCGUGUCUUGUCAAUUCUACCACCGGCAGACAAUGUAACAGCGUUGCUGAGGGAUUCUUCCUACGCUCACCGCACUAUCAGCGGCAGUACUUUGCAGCCAACGUUCCCACUCCAUACGACCCCCUUGAUACUUGCUGUGAAGUUCGUACCGACCACGCCAUCCUACCUGGGUUCCAGGGCAUUGGCUACAUUCUGCUGAAGCGCGGACAGUCAAUUACAAUGCGGCAGAAACUGACGACGACGGAGAGCACGGUGGUUCUGGCCGUACGCUACGCGACGCCCGUGCCGGGGAACGUAACCCUGAACAUCACAGCGUACCUGCUGUCUCCGAUGGACUUCACCCUGACUCUACCGUCAUCGGUCAGCACCGCCAGUGUGGCAGUGACCCCGACCAUGAACACACUGAGUCCAGUGGGCACAGCCGAUGUUCCAUGCACCAUCUCGGCGGACCGAGAUGUCUACUUGGACUACAUUGCGGUUGUACCGGGCGCAUUCCGCUCACCGUCCGCCAAUCUAGAUCCAGCGUGUGCGGAAGCCGUGCUUAGAAACGCUACAAGUUCUGCAGAUGUGUCGUGUCAGCAACAAGUGUUUGUCAUCAGUCUGCGGACCUUCAAAGCACAACCGUGCAACUGUGCAAAUGGCCUGGGUCAUUGUGCUGAGGUUGAUGGCAAGUGUGACUGUGCGCAUGGUGUGGGUGGUCAGCGGUGUGACUUCUGUCUCUACGGGCACCAUGGAACAACAGCUGGCUGUCAAUCUUGUCAAUGUGCUGACCCGGCUGCACCCUGCGCGGCAGACACCGGCCUUUGCCAGUGCCCAACGCUGACCGUGGGAUCACGCUGUGAUGCAUGCAACAUUACAGCAUUCACCUACAGUGCUACGGCUGGCUGCUCGGCAUGCGGCUGUGAUGUGGUGGGGUCAUCGAAUAGCAGCUGUCACCCCACACAAGGAAUCUGCCACUGCCGUCCCAAUGUGGAUGGUGACAAGUGCACAGCCUGCAAGGCUUCCUACACUAACUUCACCACAUCCGGUUGCCAGGACUGUAAUUGUCACCCUGAUGGCAGCACUUCACCAAACUGCAGCCAGUCUACAACCAACUGUGACUGCAAGGAUCUCACAAUGGGCCGCUAUUGCCACCUGUGCCAGUCGGGCAGUUAUAAUCUGGCUGCGGAGAACGCUGGAGGGUGCGCGGAUUGCCACUGUUUUGGCCAUACCAGUACGUGCAACAGCACAACACAGCUACGCAAUACGGUGACCAGCCAGUUUGCAGCUGGUAAUGUGCUGAACGACUGGCAACUGACCACGCGGCUGAUUAGCCUGACGACAGCAUCACUUUCUACCACGCAGGUUUCCCCUGGUAAAUUUGGCCUCACUGCUGAUCUCACCAGCCUGGCAACAAGUGACACGCGGUACUUUGCUGCUCCACGGUCAUUCCUAGGAGAUAAGAUUUCUUCAUAUGGUGGCUACCUGAGCUACUGGCAGUCCUACACCAUAUCAGCCCUGGGAGUUGCCACCACUGAUCCAGACAUCAUACUUGUGAGUGGUACAACCGUACUGGAAUACACACACUCAACACCGCUGCAGCUCAACACGCCAACACAGCGCAGAGUACGCCUACAUGAGAUGACCGGAUGGCAGAUUGCAGGCAGUCCAGCUACUCGCAACCAACUGAUGAUAGCUCUCCGGGAUGUUGAGUGGAUCUUGAUCAAGGCAACACAUGCAUCCACAGUCUCACUCUCCAGGAUCUGGGAUAUCGAACUAGAAACUGCCGAUGUCUCUGGUACGGGUCGAGCAGCGAAUGAGGUUGAACAGUGCAGCUGUCCGCAGAACUACACCGGGUCAUCCUGUCAGUGGUGCAAUGUUAACUACAUGCGCUUUCCAAGCACCGCAACUGCAGUGGAACCACGCGGUAUCUGUGUGGACUGUAUCUGCAACGUGCACGCUCUCGACUGCCACGAAGCCAAUGGAACAUGCAUAGAAUGCUCACACAACACAACUGGACUCCAAUGUGAGACGUGUCUGCCGGGUUUCUAUGGCGAUGCAACGGCCGGCACACCAGGCGACUGCAAGAUAUGCCCGUGCAGCACGCCUCAAGCUGUUGAUAACACAUGCAGUCAGCAGUGUGCUGGUGGUUCAUGCGCACCAGUCCAGUGCACACAAUGUAACCAUGGUUACGAAGGCGACACCUGUCAAACGUGUUCUCGAGGGUUCUAUCGUCACUCGACCGGCAUCUGCACACCGUGUCAGUGCAACAACAAUACAAACGUGUGCGACAUACUGACGGGAGAGUGCCUGAACUGCUCGCCGAUGACCACCGGACCUACAUGCCAGGACUGUGCAGACAGGUUCUUCGGUGAUGCACGAGCUCAGUCAUGCCAAGCGUGCGGGUGCAAUAUGGCUGGCAGCCGGAACCUGAUCUGCAAUCGAACAACCGGUGUGUGCGACUGCUUGCCGAAUAGGACUGGAGACAAGUGCAGCGGUUGCGUGGAUGGCACUUAUGAUCACGCAGCAGGCUGUGUGCCAUGUCAGUGUGAUGUCACCGGCAGUCACAAUCAGACCUGUAAUAAGACCAGCGGGCAGUGUCCUUGCAGGCCGGGCGUUACAGGAAUGCACUGCCAGGGAUGUGCGGACACCUACUAUAACUUCACCGCAUCCGGAUGCAGAAUGUGCGGUUGCCAUGUCGCGGCCGUGACCCCUGUGUGUGACAAAACCAGCGGUGUGUGUCAGUGUGACCCUGGAGCAACGGGCCGUCGCUGUGACCAAUGUCACCCACAGCACUCGGAUAUCGCAGACUCCGGAUGUACAACGUGCGAUCACUGUUCUAAUGUCACCAUCACGCGGGCCGACUCCCUCGACAUCAGCAACCCCAAUGCCGACAUCCUUGAGCGCAGCGUCGGCGAGCUACAAGCACGCUUCUUAGCAGCGACACCACUUAUUCCUCUCGAAGACCAGCUCUCAGGAACGAGGGGUGCUUUUUUAAUGAAAUACUGUGGAACAUGGAUAUUGUGA